AAUACCUCUUUAAGAUGUAGGAGUUGAUUUGUUUGUUUAAAUUUUAGGUGUAUGUCGUAGUAGAAUUCAAUUUCAAAGGCACAACAUAUGUAUCUGCUGACCCAAAAAAGUGGGUGAAAGGAUCACAGUGUGCAUGGCUUAAGAAAGAUAUAGAGAGUAAAGCUAUAAAGGAAUGCCAGGACCCAACAGCGGAUUGGAAUGAGAUUGAUCAUGUCAAAAUAUUGGGUGAAUAUUCCACAUUCAAAGAAGCGCGAUUCUACGAACAAAAAUUCGCUAAAACAGAUGAUGAAAGUGACUGUUUUGAGAAGACUGCUAUGGUGGAGAAGAUUAAAAGGAAAUCCAAACCCAACAUGAGAUAUAAGGAUCCGUCAAUUUCACCUCCUCCAUCAUUAUCUCAAGACUCAGAACAUAAUACUGACAGCCUUUCAUCAUUUGAAGAUGAAAUAAUUAUUGAAGACAAUGCAAUUAAAGAACUGGCUAAAUCCAUUCGGCCCCUUGAUGCAGAAAUUACCCCAACCACAUCAAGUAGCACCAUUACCAAUCUGUGCCAUUACUCAGUCAUCUCCAACUAGUCUUGAUGAUGAGCGUACAUUUGGAAGAAUAAUAAAUGAAGCACCCAUAAUUAUUGAGACUACAACUACUGAGGAAAUGACAGACAUGAAUCAGAUUCUUCAAACAUUAUUGAAUAUCAGUGGAAGAUUAGAGAUCAUGGAAAACAGAAUGGGCAAUAUGGAGCAAGUUCUAAAUACCAGUUUUUCGGUGAACCCUCAAAGGUCUCAAAAUAAUAUUUCAAAACUGUUACCUGUUAAAUCCAUCCAUGAACUUCAGGAACUUGAGCAAAAAUUGGAAGACGAUAACAACAAACAACAACUGUUGCAGGUUCUACAGUUUAUUGGUGGCUUGAACGAAAAGUCUUGUGUUGAAAGAAGUCUUGAACGUUUCUUCACAAAUCAUUGUGCCAUGUUUUGUAGUUGGACCGGCAAAAAGGUCAACUUCAAAAUCAAAGAUUUGAAAUCCAUACAAAUUUUGAAAGAUGCAGUGAGGAAUUCAUUUCCAUGCAUCAAAGAUGAUGCAUUUGAAAGAAAUGUUAUGGCUUGGCUACAAUUGAAUCGCUUAUUUGUGAAAGGGUGUAAGUCACCAAAUGACGUAAAAUUAGAUUAUGACGAAUUCUUGUUCUCUGAAGAUAUAUCUUUCAUUUAUUAA